UCGCCCACAAGACCCUUUUGACUCUUGUUUUGCCUACACGAAGAUUGGAGCUAUGUGCACAUAUUUUCCUUGUUUCAAUUCUAAAGUUCUAACUUUUCCAAGUGUGGUUACCCAUUGACAGAAGCUUUAGAAGACCAGGGAAAGCAAUGGUUGUCGCUGUUCGUGCUUCUCCCUUUGUUUUACUACCAUCAUCACCAUUUGCUGCCUCCAGGAACUUAAAGAAACAAUGCAACUCCAUCAUCAGUUUAAACAUUGGUCUUCAAAGUAGUCACAGCAAGUCCAGCUGUAUCACUAUUAGCAGCAUCAAAUGCUCUGCCGCCUCUACAUCCCCCAUUGUUUCAAAGGAGGAAGAACCGUUACCUCUUGAGGUGAAUGAGAUUAAGACAAUGUGCAAAACUUGGGUAUGGAGAGGUUACAACAUAAAUUACUUGAGUUAUCAAGGGGGCAACAACCACCCUUCUAGCCCUUCUCUUCUCCUAGUUCAUGGUUUUGGUGCCUCUGUUGCCCAUUGGCGCAGGAACAUUGCGACACUUGCUCAAAGUUACACAGUUUAUGCUAUUGACCUCCUUGGUUUUGGCGCUUCUGACAAGCCAGAAGGAUUUGCAUAUAACAUGGAAACUUGGGCUCAGUUAAUAUUAGAUUUCGUGAACGAAGUUAUUCAAAGCCCAACCGUACUGGUAGGGAACUCUGUCGGAAGCCUUGCUUGUGUAAUAGCUGCUGCAGAUCCUUCUCAAACAUCCAUUCAAGGGCUUGUUUUGUUGAACUGUGCUGGAGGCAUGAAUAACAAGGCAAUUGUUGACGAUUGGAGGAUUAAGUUGCUGUCGCCUCUACUCUGGCUUGUUGACUUCUUAUUGAACCAAAAAUCAGUAGCUUCUGCAAUCUUUAAUCGGGUCAAACAGAGAGAAAAUCUAAAGAAUAUCUUGUUGUCUGUCUAUGGGAAUAAGGAGUCUGUGGACGAAGAUCUGGUGGACAUUAUUCAGACACCAGCAGAUGCUGAAGGUGCGCUUGAUGCUUUUGUGUCUAUUGUGACAGGUCCACCAGGGCCAAACCCAGUGCAGUUGAUCCCAAAAAUGACAUUGCCUAUACUUGUGUUAUGGGGUGAUCAAGAUCCAUUUACUCCAAUUGAUGGUCCUGUUGGUAGAUACUUCUCAUCCUUACCUUCUCAAAAACCAAAUGUGAGUCUAUUUCUUUUGGAAGGUGUGGGACAUUGCCCUCAUGAUGACAGACCUGAUCUUGUCCAUGGAAAGCUACUUCCUUGGCUAAGCCAUUUGCCAGUGGCAGAAAACAUUGUUACAUGAUUAUCCUAAUCCUUCUGUUUAGAUGAGUUCAAAAGUGUAUGUUAUACUUUGAUUGAUUUUCAUGUAUAGAAAAUAUUGAUUUGUAUAUCAUGUUACAAAGAAUAUAUUUGAGGAAACAUUACCUAUA